AUGGUUCCUGGUGAUGGCGGGCUGCCUGCGGAUGUCAAUGAGCUGUCAGACAGCUCUGAGAGUGCAUGUCGUCGGCCUGCGGGGCCCCCGUUAAAGAAGGCAAGGACAGCUGGCCCUGCUGCAGAGAAGGACAAGCGACGAGCUGCGGCCGACGACCAGUUGCACUUGAAGCGCAUGUUGGCCAAAUCAUGCUACAAAACGUGCAAACGAGGUUGCAAGCGAUGGUUCCAAGCUAAGAAGGGCUUUGAUGAGUUGCUGGCCUUCCGGAAAGAGUGGAGGCAGUUCCACAAGACGGAUCAGGAUCAACUCGUCUCCCGACUCACGAAUUCAAUCAUGAUUCGGGCAGCACGGUUCAAGAAACUGCGGAAAGCUGUCAACGACGGUCUUGCUGGCCCACCUGCCGACCUCCGGUUUCUGAAGAAGUGCAAGCCUACACAGGAAGGCGUUUCGGAAAUAUUCUCGUUCCUUCAGGAGAUUUACAACAGUGUGGCAGAGAAUAUGCCAGAUGUCCGAGAUUCUACCAUGGAUCCAGACCAAGAUCCUUACGCAGCGGCCCUUACCAACCCUGACAGAGAGCUGGACUUGCAAGCGGAGGCUGCUGCUGCUGCUGCUGCAGGCGAUGCCAGGAAGACUCGACAGCGAUUCAGGAGUGUCACAGCUUCUGAGAAGACGGACGACCAGGAACCAAGGUUUCUACCGCCUGGCAGCAUGAAGGAAUACUUCGAGCAGUUCCUUUUGCAGUCCAAGCAGAAAGUUGGUUUCGCCACGUUCUGGCGGGUCUGGCGCCGGCACUUCCCACGCAUGACAUUCAGGCCGACGAGCUCCCAUGCAGUUUGCACCACCUGUGUGCGUCAUAAGAGUUUGAUCGCGUCCUUGAACCAUCACCUGAAUGCACGACGACACCAACAAGAACUUUACUAUGCCCAUAUUCGUCAGCAGUUCAAUGACCGUUGCAUUUACUGGUCCAUGCGAGGCCUGGCACGGUUGAGAACUGACACCGUCACGAUGAUCUGCGACGGAAUGGAUCAGUCGAAGUUCUGUUUACCAAGAAGUCCGUUCAUGCGGGCGAAGGCAUUCGACUCAUGGGCGCGGCCAAAGCAGCACGUCUAUUGCUGUCUGGUACACGGACAGUUCAUCGCAAUGUCCGUCUCCGAGCCUUGUCUGCGCAAAGACUCCAAUACUUGUGUGGAACUGGUCGGGUCUUGCCUCCAGCGCUUGAAGGAUCGGGGAAUGCAGCUCAGCAGGACCCACGUGAAUAUCCAGGCAGAUAAUACGUCUCGGGAGAUGAAGAACGGACCUGUCCUUCGAAUGUUGGCAGCUUUAGUCAGCAACGGAAUCACGUUUGCAAGUUUUCCGGGCAGUGAGAUGAAGUGUGGCUCCGGCGACUUUCCUCUCAAGUGUGGUCAUUUUACUGGCUACUUCGGAUUUUGCGGCUGCCGACGCGCGUCGCCUUCGGCUUCGCUAUUUCGGUCUCCGCUGAUGCAGUCGGAAGCCGAGCUUUCCGAUGCCGAAGAUGGUCUGCCCUUGACAUUCUUUUGGAAAGGGGUGGAUGGAAGGUCUUCGGGGCAGCCUGGUGACAAUGCUUUGUCUUGCGAUCCCCUUGAGGAUGCCUCUCAGGCCGCAGGUGUGGCAAGCGGGGAGCAUCUGGAGAUAAACUCCGUUGAUGGGGCCUUUUCUGCGAACUUAGAUGUUUUCGAGGAAGAUGUUUGGUCCUGUGGGAAUUCCGCUGCGGAACGAGAUUGGUAUAAAGUUGAUUUGUCGGAAGAUGGUGCUGCUCUGCCUUCAGAGGGUUCAGUGAGCCUUCCGACGGAGGCUCCUGGUUGGGGCUUGUCAUCUGCGGCGGCAGGCUCUUCUGCUGCUUCUGCUAGAAAUCUGGACAGGUCGAUGGCGGCAGCUUUCCAAACUUUGGAUGUUCCUCAAGUAAAGCAAGUCUGGGAGAAUGAUUUCUGGGGAAGUAUUUUUACUCCUCAGUCAGAGGAUUCCUUCCGUGGGUUUUAUGGAACUGGCCUCAAGAGGCCUCUGCAGCCUGGCGUCCCAGAAGGCGUCUUGGAGCAACCUUCGAAGAACCCGCAGAGGGCGGGAAGGGUCGUCACUAGAAUUUUCGAGAUGGCCGUUGUUAACAGAGUGGUUGCAUCAUGGAAGCAGCAGCGCGAGGAACAGCUUUUGGAAGCGGCCAUGACUUACGAUGUGCUGGGUGCAAAGGCCCCGGGAACACUUCGCAAGAGGUUAAGGAGUCUCUUGAAGUAUGAAGCUUUCCUUCGUCAGAAGAAGCUGGUUUUCCCUGCAAACGAGAUUUUACUUUACAUGUUCCUCUGUCUUGAAAGGGAUGGGGGUGCCAGCUUAUCUUCGCGAAAGGCUACGUAUGAAGCAGUGGUUUUCUGCAGAUACGUCCUGGGGGUAGAGGAGCUGGGCCUAUGUGUCAAGAGCAGGCGAUGCCUUGGCAAUGCGUGCCGUGGCGAGGUGAGGCCGAGGAACAGGGCUUCGCCGCUGACGGUGGAUGAGCUCUCCCUUCUGCACGACCGGCUGGAGAACACACAGGACCCGUGGGACCGCGUUUUCGCUGGAGCAGUUUUGCUGUGUGUAUAUUCGCGGGCAAGAUGGUCAGACCUGAUGCAUGCAGAAGGAAUUAUUUAUGAUUAUGACAACCAGAAGAAUCUUGCCUAUGUGGAGUGCCCCGUGGCGUACCAUAAGAAUAUGAGGAGCCGAGUUAUGCGGCAUGAUCUGCUUCCUAUGGUGGCUCCUGGCCUGGGAGUUGCGGGUUCCAACUGGGCGAGGCUGUGGAAGCUUGCUAGAGAGGAACUCAACAUUCCAGAUCCUCCGGAAUUUCCUGUCAUGCCGGCGCCGGAUAAGUCUGGUGCUGCUAGUGUCAGGCCGCUGGACACUGAGGAGAUGGGCAGGUGGCUGAGACAUCUGCUAACGGGUUCUGGAUCGAAGCAAGCUGACAGAAAGCUAUCAUCGCAUAGCUGCAAGUGUACCAUGUUGAGCUAUGCGGCAAAGAGGGGAAUCAGUAUUGUCGACAGGCAGCUGUUGGGAUAUCACACGACGCCGCACCGCAUGGCCCUGACAUACUCCCGUGAUUCUGCAGCUCAUCCUUUGAUGAUCUUGGAGCGGAUGAUCAAGGAGAUAAGGGAUCGAGUUUUUCUCCCAGAUGAGACUCGUAGCGGGCGCUUGGUGGGCAAAGCCGCUGACUCGCAUCAGCGUUCAGAGGUAGUUGUGAUAAAGGAGGAACAUGACCCGCCCUCUCCUAUCGAAGGGGAUGAUGCUGCUCAAAACCUUGCAGGCGAUGAGGAAGCCCUCGACGCUGAGGCCACCGGGCAUAUCACUACGGACUCUUCCUCCAGCGACUCGUGCGCGGAGGAGGCUGAGGGACCGUUCUCGAAGCUGGUAGUGAAUGUUCCUGAGGGUCAUGAUGUGUGGAGGCACGAGAAGUCGAGAGUGGUGCAUUUUGCCCCUACCGGCUACACUAAGGUUUUUGCUUGCGGAAGGGCCAUAGGAUCUCUGCAUGUCAAGAUACGGGCAGAGGACCUCCGGUGGGACUUCAGCAAGUGUAGGAUUUGCAACAAGAACGUUUGA